AUGGCAGCCAUACUUGAAUCGUUGCUUGGAUCAUGUGCCAGUAAGUUGCAGAAUAUCAUUACAGAUGAGGCCAUACUAAUCCUCGGGGUGGAAGAAGAGCUCAGAGAAGUCCUGCGACGAGUAGAACUGAUAAAAUGUUGCAUAUAUGAUGCUGAGAAAAGGAGGACAAAAGAGCUAGCAGUAAACAAUUGGCUUGGCCAACUGAGAGAUGUUAUAUAUGAUGUUGAUGAAAUCCUAGAUGUGGCUAGAUGUAAAGGAAGCAAGCUACUUCCUGAUGAUCCUUCUUCAUCAUCAAGCAAAUCAGCUGCAUGUGCGGGCUUCUCAGUUUCCUCUUGCUUUUGUAACAUCGGGUCACGUCGUGAUGUUGCUGUUCAGAUUAGAAUUCUGAAUAAGAAGAUAGAGAACAUUUCAAAGGACAAGAUUUUUUUAACACUCAACAGUAGUACACAACCUACUGGAAAGGGUUCAACAUCCAAACUGAUAAGAAGUUCCAACCUUGUUGAGCCCAACCUUGUGGGGAAGGAGAUCAUACAUUCUAGCAGGAAACUGGUUGACUUAAUUCUUGCACACAAGGAAAGUAAGUCUUACAAGCUUGCUAUUGUUGGAACAGGAGGAGUUGGUAAGACAACACUAGCUCAGAAAAUAUACAAUGACCAAAAAGUAAAAAGAAGCUUCAGGCAACAGGCAUGGGUUUGUGUUUCGCAAGACUAUAGUGAAGUAACACUUCUGAAAGAGGUUCUCCGAAAUAUUGGUGUGCAUCAUGAGCAAGGGGAAACCAUAGCAGAACUACAGAGAAAGGUUGCAGAAACAAUCAACGGAAAGAGUUUCCUUCUUGUCCUAGAUGACGUCUGGCAUCCCAAUGUAUGGAUGGAUUUAUUAAGACCUGCAUUGCAUGAAACGACCGCCGGAGUAUUAUUGCUAACCACACGAGAUGAUCAAAUUGCAAAGAGAAUAGGUGUAGAACAUACCCAUCAAGUUGAUCUCAUGUCAGUAGAGGUGGGAUGGGAGCUACUUUGGAAGAACAUGAACAUCGACAAAGAGAAAGAAGUGCAGAAUUUAAGAAACACUGGGAUUGAGAUUGUUCGCAAAUGUGGCCGCCUCCCUCUUGCUAUCAAGGUUAUUGCUAGUGCUUUGGCUGGCAGGGAUGUAACGGAGAAUGAGUGGAAAAAGUUUCUGGAAAAGUAUGCUAGCUCACAAAGCAUGUUCUCUGAUGAAACUGAAGGAGUUUUGUAUCUAAGCUACGAUGAAUUACCACAUCGUCUUAAGCAGUGUUUCCUUUAUUGUGCUUUGUAUAUUGAAGGUACUAUCAUUCUUCGUAGGGAAAUUACCAUGUUAUGGAUUGCUGAAGGUUUCGUCGAGGAGAAACAAGGCCAACUAUUAGAAGACACAGCAGAAGAGUACUACUAUGAGCUAAUCCAUCGGAAUCUCCUCCAUCCAGAUAGUGUAAUUUUUGACCAGGCCGAAUGCAGAAUGCAUGACCUUUUGAGACAACUUGCUUGCUAUAUAUCAAGAGAAGAAUGUUUUAUUGGGGAUGUUGAAACAUUAAGUGGUAAAAAUAUGUCAAAACUGCGACGUGUUAAUGCUAUCAGCAAGAAGGGUAAAGUAGUGUUACCUAGAAUGGAUAAGAUGGAAAUUAAGGUGAGGACUUUCCUAGUUGUUAAUGGUCCACGGAGAAUCGAUGAUACACUAUUCAAGAAAUUUCUGCUUCUUCGUGUUCUGGUACUGAAUUACUCACUUGUGCAAAGCAUUCCAGAUUAUAUAGGAAAACUGAUACAUCUACGCCUACUUAAUCUAGAUUAUACUAGCAUAUCUUGUCUUCCGGAAUCCAUUGGCUCCUUAAAGAACCUUCAAGUUCUGAGCUUGAGAUGGUGCGAGAAUCUGCACAGUCUUCCUUGGGCGACGACCCAGUUGUGCAGUUUAAGACGUCUUGUUCUCGUCUGCACAAAAAUAAAUCAGGUUCCAAAAGGAAUAGGAAAAUUGAAGUUCCUGACUGAUUUACGAGCAUUUCCUGUUGGUGACGGAAGUGAUAAUGUUGAUAUGCAAGAUGGAUGGCAGUUGGAAGAGUUAUCUUCUGUGUCGCAGAUGAGGUUUCUUGGUCUUGUUAGAUUGGAAAGGGUGACUCAUUGUAGUACAAAUACAGUGUUGACGGACAAAAAGCAUCUAAAAGAACUAAGACUAUUCUGGACUGAACGUGGAGAGGAACCAUAUACCGAAGAAGAUGUUAGCAAUGCUCAGAAUGUCCUUGAGCAGCUAAUACCUCCACGCAACCUGGAAAACCUAACUAUUUCACGGUUUUUUGGUCGGCGUUAUCCCACAUGGCUUGGUACCAGCUGUUUGUCUUCAGUGAUACACUUGCUCCUCACCGAUUUACGAUCAUGUGUGGAACUUCCACCAAUUGGGCAGCUACCAAACUUGAAAUAUCUGAAAAUUGAUGGAGCAUAUGCAGUUACCAAGGUUGGACCUGAAUUUGUUGGUUGCAGGAACAGUGAUCCCGUAUGGAAUGAGUUAGUUGCUUUCCCUAAACUUGAAUGGUUAAUAAUCAUGGAUAUGCCAAACUGGGAGGAGUGGUCUUUUUUUGAAGAAGAAACUGCUGAGGAUGAAGGGGGGGAGGAUGGAGCUGCUGAAAUUCGAAAAGAUGAUGUCCGAUCUGCAGGAUAUCAACUGUUCCCUCGUUUGAUGGUGUUGGAUCUCUUCAAUUGCCAUAAAUUGAGGGCUCUUCCGCGACGGCUUGGAGAGGAUACCGCCAGCUUGAAGGAGCUCAGAUUAAUUGGAACAAACAACUUGAAGGCCCUGGAGGACUUCCCACUGCUGUCUGAGCUCCUUAUUAUUCAGAAAUGUGAAAGCUUGGAGAGGAUCUCCAACCUCCCUCAAGUGACAGAGCUGCGUGUACAUGGCUGUCCGAACUUGAGCCAUGUGGAGGGUGUGGGAAGCUUGCAGCAGCUGGGGCUGGGCGAGGAUAUGCAAGAGAUAUCUUCCUGCUGGGUGUCUGGUCUUCAAGAGCAGCACCAACGACUUCAUGGCGAUGACCUGGAUAUCUACACAUUGUCUACCAGCUGGACUGAAGGUGCAGUUCACUUGAGCGGGCAAAGCAUGAUGAGGCAUACUAAGUUGAGGAGGCCUGUCAAUGUUGAAGGUGCACAGAAUCAUUACAAUUUACAAGUCCGAAAUGUAGUGAUGGGCGACUUCGCGGUGAAGUUUCGAGUCAGGUCUAGGAUAGAUGGUUUUAACUGGGCUUUGGUGGCGGUUUAUGGUGCCGCACAACCCGAGCUUAAAGCGGAGUUUCUGGCGGACCUUGUUCGAAUCUGUGGUUCUUCCGAGCGCAGAGUGGGAACAAAAGUUCCCUCUGGUUACGGUGCAAACUCUUUCGAGGGGAAUAUCUGA